UGUUAAUGUACAACCUUAAUCCUUUCCACAAGUGCAUCAUGAUACAAAUGCUAAACGUUUAUGGGUUGCCCUCCAACACACCUCUCUUUUUGCCAAAACGUGUAUGAAGCUAAGCUUACAUUGCAAGUAAAACGUGUUGGCGUCAUGUUUUCCUAUAUAUAUUUUGCACGGUUUCACUCUCAUCCACCAAAGGCCCAAUCUCCACGAGAUAAACGGUGCAAUGCCCCGUGUGUUUUAAAUAGAAAUCCUAACGAGUGUCCCUGCGAUUUUCCAGGCCUCUUCACUGUUCGUCGUCCGGAAAAUAGGCGCACGCGAGUCCAACCUGCAAGCCGAUGAACAGAACGAAUAGGCCAGGGAUUCUCUUCUUCUCUCUUCGUUUGAAUCCAAGAUCUUGUCCUUUUUGCAGUGCCUUCCAGACCUCAACGGUUUCCGUCACGAUUCCUGACCACAUUCUCUCAACUCCGUAAUCCAAGAAGAACGUUGGAUAAUCUAAAGAGAGAUUCUUGGAGCCAAGAACAUGAGCAGGUCUCCGGCCCCGGAUGGCGGCGGCGGCAAUCGCUUGCCGCCAGUGAAACCGUCGGUGUCGCUGUCACCGUCGCCGACGGGCCCUCCGGAGAGCGACAUCAGCCACAUGCCGGACUCCCCCGCGCGCAGCCUCGGUCACCGCCGCGCGCACUCCGAGAUCAUCGGCCUCCCCGACGACCUCGACCUCGGUGUCCCGGGCUGCGCAGGGGACGGGCCGUCGCUGUCGGACGAGAACGAGGAGGAGUUCUUCUCCAUGUUCCUCGACGCCGAGAAGCUCAACGCGCAGCUGCGCGAGGCGUCGGAGACGGAGUCGUCGUGCGCCUCGGCGGGCGCCGGCGCGGGGCCGAGGCCGCGCCAUCACCACAGCCAUUCCAUGGACGCGUCGAGCUCUUUCGACGCGGAGCAGCUGCUUGGGGCGCCGUCGGUGGAGGGGAUGUCGACGGUGGAGGCCAAGAAGGCAAUGUCCAACGCAAAGCUCGCAGAACUGGCGCUUGUCGACCCAAAGAAGGCAAAAAGGAUUUGGGCUAAUAGACAAUCGGCGGCCAGAUCGAAAGAAAGGAAGAUGCGGUAUAUUUCUGAACUUGAACGGAAGGUGCAAACCCUGCAUGCAGAAGCAACAACAUUGUCAACCCAGCUGGCACUUCUACAUAGAGACACUGCUGGGCUCUCUACCGAGAACAGCGAACUGAAGAUGCGCCUGCAGAACGUGGAGCAACAAAUCCACUUACAAGAUGCUCUGAAUGACGCACUGAAAUCUGAGCUGCAAAGGCUGAAGAUGGCGACGAGCCACAUGGGCAACACCGUUGGGGGAAUGAUGAACUUGAUCGGCCCACCCCCGCCGCACUCUUUCGGAGGGAACCAGCCAAUGUUCCACAUUCAGGGCCAGGCUGCAAUGCAGCCAUUGCACCAGAUGCAGCAGAUUCACCCUCAGCACCAGCAGCCGUUGCUGCAUCCGCUGCAACUGCAAGCACAGCAGCUGCUGUUGCAGCAGCAGGCUUCUGCUGCACCACCACCCAACCCGAAGAUGAAACGGGCCAUCUCCGCUCCGAACCAGUGGAUUGGUGGGUGGUCCGAGAGCAGUGGCAACUGAUCGAGCUCCUGUCUGGAAUACAGGAAUUUCACAGGGAUACCGUGAAACGAAAACCCCCACCAGGCAAAAUUCAUGCUAUCUGUCAGAGCCGGGUGGAUUCAGGGGGUUGUGGGGCAUCACCCAAGUGUAGAUUGAUCACCAGCAAGUAUAUAGCCUAUAUAUAGGGUUCAAGGCUGCUCAAGUUACGUUCAGUUGUCGAGUCUUCCUUCUGAAGAAAUAGUUCUGUUCUUAUGGGGUCUACAGGUGCGGAUGUUUGUUGAAGGAAAAUGUUACCAACUCAUGCAGAUUCUUCGGAUUUGAGAACUUCUGGGGUCUACAGGUGCGGAUGUCUGUUGAAGGAAAAUGUUACCAACUCAUGCAGAUUCUUCGGGUUUGUCGAUGCGCUGUCAAUCUGAUUAGGAAGCUGGUUUACAAAGGAAGAUGCUGCUGCAUUUCUUAAUCUCAUGCGCUGGCCUUUGUAUGUACAGAUUGUUUUCUUUGUUUUGAUCUGGGGCCUUUUCAUCGUGGAUUCAUGGUCACUUUUGGUGACUGGCAAGUUUUAAUGUCCUCUCUGCAUUCUUCGAAUACAAAAUGAUGCGUAUUUAGCAGCAUAUUCAUAGAAGAAACAAAGACAAUCUGUCAAGUGUAAUUUAUACUAGUGAUUUAAAAAAGGUUCACCAACAGAGUACGUUUAUACUAGUUGAGUUGAUUGCGCAAACCACAUGUUUUGGGACUAGGGUUCCACGUAACCACAUGCCUUGCAAGUAAAAGGGAAUCACAGAUCCCUCAAAAAGGAAAAACACAG